AUCUAGCGCCAUCUUAUGACGUCAAUGCAAAUUAGAUUGGGGCUGUGUCCGCUGACGCGUACGUACGUGUCCGUAUUUUUCAGGACAUUUGUUGUACACCGGACAUGGAAACAGAUGUCAAUCAGAACCAACCAAGCUCAUCUACUAUGGCAGACAUUGUAAACGUAUCGACUGGAGAAUCGGUUGACAAGCAGUUACAGAGCAGCGAUAUUCCUGCUGGAACUACCAUCACUGUGGUAGAUGCGUCACAGACGUCCGAUCUUGGAGGUCUGUUGCAGGCAUCCGAGAUGAUGGAGAUCAUUACACAGGAGGUGACUACGCUAGCCCAAGCUAACGGAGCGGUAGGAGAAGCUAUUACCACUGUAGCACCUAUCAUGUCACAGAAUGGGGUUGUCCUGCAAGCUUCCGAGCUGAUGAAGCAGAUCAUGGAACAAGUGAAUAUCAAGCAAGAAGACGGGGAGGAUGCUCCACAGACGGUCUACGCUGAAAUCAGACCACCAGAUCAAAUGAUGAUUGAAGAUCCUACCUCUGGACAAGACAAGCAAGGAGGAGGAUUGGUGAACACGUAUGCCAUGUAUGACGAGGAGGAGGAGAGCGAUUCUCAUGAGAUGGUUCAUCAGCAGUCUGAUAACAUGGGUGGUUCCACCAAGGUACUGCAUGUACAGGCUACACAAGAACCAGUAGAAGGAGAUCCAAAUAGUGUGGAGGCUUCAAGGACGUUGACGGUUGUGAUCACCAACUUUCCUGACCAUCUCAAGACCCAGAUCCUCUCCUACAGCUGUAUGUCAUGCGGGAGUGCAUUCAACGAGGUCGUUGACCUCAUGUCUCAUGUCUGUACUGGUACUGCUCCUCUCAUUGCCAAUGCCAGCAGUGUGGUAAUCAAUACAGGCAUGGGAACCAAUACGGACAUUGACCCCAACAAGACAGUCAUCAGCACUGCUGAUCUCUACUAUAGAUGCGACGAAUGUCCCAAGAAAUUUGUGAAGAAGCAUGAACUCGUCAGACAUAAAAACGCCCAUAAAAAGGGAGAGAGUGCGAGGGGGAGGGAGGAGGACUGGGAUGUCACACGGAGCGAAGUGGGUCCAGGUUAUGAAUCCCAUUACCAAUUGAAGCACGAAUUAGUAAACAGGGUGGAGCUGAUGACACCGACAGAAGAAGAAGAUGACUUAGUCGAUCAGAACAUCAUUACCACCGAGAACGGCCAAUAUCAGUGUGCCGUCUGCCUCAAGUGCUGCAAGCGCAAGUUUGACCUCAAACGCCACCUGUUGACUCACAGUAACAUCAGGGAGCGGCCGCACAACUGUCCGCACUGCGACAAGCGAUUCCUGACGGCCAGUCACCUUAGGCAGCAUCUGAGAGCCCACGCCGGCAUCAAACCUUUCGAAUGUGAAGAAUGCGGGAAAACGUUUGCACGCUCCAGCGAGGUCACGCGGCACAAGGUCGUGCACCAGAGAGGAGGAGUCGCCGGGAACUCUAUAGAGAACUCAGUAGAAGAGGACCAGGAUGCCAUACCAGUGUCCGUGGUCUCUGCGAUGGGGUCUCUCAGCUAUGAAUGCACAGACUGUGCGGAGACAUUCCUCAAUAAGAAAGACUUACAGCUUCACCUGUUUGAGAAGCACACCUUCCAGUGCAAGCAGUGUGCCACCGUGUUCCCGACCCUCGGAAGCCUGGAGCGCCACAUGGCGGAACACCGGGAGGAGGUGUACACCUGCAUUGAAUGCUCCAUGGUGUUUGUUCACAAGAAACAGCUCAAGCAACACAACAAGCAGAAGCAUCGGGAAAAGCGACACGGAGAGAGCAGCAGCCGGCACGGGCACAAGCAUCGCUGUGACGGGUGCGGGAAGGAGUUCCGCAAGAGCAGCAAUCUCAAGAGGCACAUGGUGACGCACACGGACCGGGAGAGGCGCCACCAGUGUGAGCUCUGCGAGAAGAGGUUCCUGACCAGUAGUCACCUGAAGGCUCAUCACAUGCAGAAGCACUCCGAGGAGAGACCCAACCAGUGCGCCUUCUGCGAGAAGAAGUUCGCUCGGAAGCACGACCUGAAGCGGCACAUGGCUGUCCACGAUGCUGACAGAGAGAGACCAUACGAGUGUGAGCAUUGUCAAAAGAGAUACAUCACGGCCAGCCAUCUCAGAGAUCAUCAGGUUGUACACACAGGUAUAAAGGUGCUUUAAAACGGGCGCUGAUUCUGCUGUGCCAUCAUCCACCAUCUCACAUUGCAUGAUGCCCUCCACAGCGCCCUCUGGAGUCUGGAAGAUGCCAUGCCGCAGGCCGGAGGACUCGCUUUGCUGCUUGGUUGAUACACCAGUCGGUUGCAGCAGUCUUAAAGAGAAGUUCAGGGGGGUGUCUCACAAAGAUCCUAAGUUGAACUUAUCUCUAAGUUGGACUUAACAAUUAUGGAAAGCCGUUAGUAUCUUUGAAAAUACUUUGUAAAAAAUUGUUUUUAAAA